AUGUCUCCGGCGUUAUCAUUCUCGUUAGUCCUUGUGGCUAUUCCAUGUCUGAUUCCCUCAUCGCCCAAUUUGGGCAAGCAACAAAAUACACAAGGAAGAAAGACCGUGUGUCGGAAAAUGGAAUGUGAAAUCAAUGCUCACAUCUUCGCCGGAGCUUUGUGGUCCAGAAGAAUGCAAUACUCAAAUGCCUCGCCACAUCAAAUUAUACUUCCAAAAUCCUGUUCAAUGUCGUAUGAUUUGGAUAAAAUUAAGGCAACAAUAAAGGGAUUGACGUAUCCUAUGAAAUACUUUGAGAAAAGGUUAAGGCUAGCAAUUGAGAAGACAUGGACUGAUGAAAGUGCACUCUCAAGAAUUGUGGCUACAUGA